GGGUCAAGAUGGCCGACCUGGAGGCGGUUCUGGCCGACGUGAGUUACCUGAUGGCCAUGGAGAAGAGCAAGAGCUCACCUGCCGCCCGCGCCAGCAAGAAGAUCGUCCUGCCCGAGCCCAGUAUCCGCAGCGUAAUGCAAAAAUAUCUGGAGGAAAGAGGAGAAUUAACUUUUGACAAGAUCUUCAAUCAGAAGAUUGGUUUUCUGCUGUUCAAAGACUUUUGCCUGAAUGACGUGGAAGAAGGGGUCCCACAGCUGAAGUUUUAUGAAGAGAUCAAAGAGUACGAGAAGCUGGACUCCGAAGAGGAUCGUGUCCGCCGGAGCCGGCAGAUCUACGACACCUUCGUCAUGAAGGAGCUGCUGUCUUGCUCACAUCCCUUCUCGAAGCAAACCGUUGAUCACGUGCAGUCCCACCUUGCCAAGAAGCAAGUCCCGCCAAACCUUUUCCAGCCCUACAUAGAAGAAAUCUGUGACAGCCUCCGAGGAAAAACUUUCCAGGAAUUUCUGGAGAGUGAUAAGUUUACUCGGUUUUGUCAGUGGAAGAACGUAGAACUGAAUAUUCACCUGACCAUGAAUGACUUCAGUGUGCAUCGGAUCAUCGGCCGGGGAGGCUUUGGGGAAGUUUAUGGCUGCCGAAAAGCAGACACGGGAAAAAUGUAUGCGAUGAAGUGUUUAGACAAGAAGAGGAUAAAGAUGAAGCAAGGAGAAACGUUGGCCCUGAACGAAAGAAUCAUGCUAUCCCUCGUCAGCACUGGCGACUGUCCUUUCAUCGUGUGCAUGACUUACGCUUUCCACACCCCCGACAAGCUGUGCUUCAUUCUGGACUUGAUGAAUGGUGGGGAUCUGCACUACCACCUCUCCCAGCAUGGGGUGUUUUCGGAGCAGGAGAUGCGCUUUUAUGCCGCUGAGAUCAUCCUGGGCCUGGAGCACAUGCACAACCGCUUUGUGGUCUACAGAGACUUGAAGCCAGCAAAUAUCCUCCUGGAUGAACAUGGCCAUGUAAGGAUAUCGGACCUGGGCCUGGCUUGUGAUUUCUCCAAGAAAAAGCCUCAUGCCAGUGUGGGUACCCACGGGUACAUGGCCCCCGAGGUGCUACAGAAGGGGACGGCGUACGACAGCAGUGCCGACUGGUUCUCCUUGGGCUGCAUGCUGUUCAAGCUCCUCCGAGGGCACAGCCCUUUCAGACAGCACAAAACCAAAGACAAGCAUGAGAUCGACCGCAUGACGCUGACCGUGAAUGUGGAACUGCCGGACUCGUUUUCCCCUGAGCUGAAAUCCCUUCUGGAAGGACUCCUGCAGCGAGACGUCGGCAAGAGGCUGGGCUGCCAGGGGGGCAGUGCACAAGAAGUGAAGCAGCACCUUUUCUACAAAGGGAUUGACUGGCAGCAUGUCUACCUGCAAAAGUACACGCCGCCCUUGAUUCCUCCCCGAGGAGAAGUGAACGCUGCCGACGCUUUUGACAUUGGCUCCUUCGACGAAGAAGACACGAAAGGCAUCAAGUUGCUGGAUAGUGACCAAGAACUGUACAAGAACUUCCCCCUGGUCAUCUCGGAGCGCUGGCAGCAGGAAGUGGCGGAGACGGUUUUCGACGCCGUGAACGCCGACAUGGACAAGAUCGAAGCCCGGAAGCGAGCCAAGAACAAGCAGCUGGGGCACGAGGAAGAUUACGCCCUGGGGAAGGACUGCAUCAUGCACGGCUACAUGCUGAAGCUGGGGAACCCCUUCUUGACGCAGUGGCAACGGCGCUAUUUUUACCUCUUCCCAAACCGGCUGGAGUGGCGAGGAGAAGGAGAGUCGCGGCAAAACCUGCUGACAAUGGAGCAGAUUGUCUCGGUGGAGGAGGCCCACGUCAAGGACAAGAAGUGCAUCUUGCUCAGGAUUAAAGGAGGGAAGCAGUUUGUGCUCCAGUGUGAGAGCGACCCUGAGCUUGUACAGUGGAAGAAAGAGCUGACCGACGCCUUCACGGAAGCCCAGAGGCUGCUGCGGCGAGCGCCAAAGUUCCUGAACAAAUCUCGUUCCACGGUGGUGGAGCUCUCUAAGCCGCCCCUGAGCCACAGGAAUAGCAAUGGGAUUUAGGA